AUGCAGCUUCUUGCCCUCCUCAUCGCCACAUGCGCUCCAGCCCUGAUCGCUGCCGACAAGGGACCAGGUGAUAUUUGUGGCCCCUACCCCGGUGCGUUCUGUGCAGAAGGCCUUACGUGUGUCUCAUGUCACGCUGGCCUCCCCGGUGCCCCCGGAGUGUGUGCGUUCCAAAACCCAUGCCGCCAAGGUGAUGACGAUAUCUGGCACCGGUGGUAA